UCAUUUUCAUCUCUAUUCUGCAGUUUUUGUCCUUUGCUUCCGUCACGGGACCCCUGUUCUCCUGCAAGCAACCAUUAGAGCCAAUCAAGAAUUGAAGAAGAGCAAUAACGCCCGCCCGUUCCCAAUUUUCUUUGCUCCGCUGCCUGCCAACCGCCAGAGUUGACCGAGCCGGAGAGCCUCAGUCGCGUCUUUAAGCCAACUCAGCUGAUCGUUUGCCGCCGCCCGACCGCCGCCACAUUCCGGAGACGAAGAAGGAUGAAGCCGAGAGACAUGGACGUGCAAAUCGCCCCGCUCCGCGCCUGGGACGAUUUCUUCCCGGGCUCUGACCGCUUCGCCCGGCCGGACUUCAGGGACAUUUCCAAAUGGAACAACCGCGUGGUGAGCAACCUGCUGUAUUACCAGACCAACUACCUGGUGGUGGCUGCCAUGAUGAUCUCCGUUGUGGGGUUCUUGAGUCCCUUCAACAUGAUCCUUGGAGGAAUCGUGGUAGUGCUGGUGUUCACGGGGUUUGUGUGGGCGGCCCACAAUAAAGACAUCCUCCGCCAGAUGAAGAAGCGGUACCCCACGACGUUUGUCAUGGUGGUCAUGUUAGCCAGCUAUUUCCUCAUAUCCAUGUUUGGGGGAGUCAUGGUCUUUGUGUUUGGCAUCACCUUUCCUUUGCUAUUGAUGUUCAUCCAUGCGUCUUUGAGACUUCGGAACCUCAAGAACAAGAUAGAGAAUAAAAUGGAGGGGAUUGGUUUGAAGAAGACGCCAAUGGGCAUUGUCCUGGAUGCACUGGAACAGCAGGAAGAAAACAUCAACAAAAUCACUGACUAUAUCAGUAAAGUGAAGGAAUAAGCGUAGUUGACCUGGUGGUAGGGUCAUGGCAGAAAUUCAGUUGCAGUUUUCCCUUGUCCAGACCUACUUUCCAUUUGUGUUAUUUGAAAUAGGAGGUGCAGGUGUCACCCAGCCAUCUGUGGCCGUCCACAUGUAUAGAUCAAACAGCAUCCCUGAGGUUACUGAGAGAGGGCCUCAGAAACUGAAAACCACCCUCCUAUUAUGUCUGAAGUUUCAAGUGUGUUUAUGAAGACUGAUCAGAAAAGGAUCACACUUAUUUCUUUAGGGGAAUAAAAGAAAAUAAAAGGAUAGUGGAUAGCACAGCAACAAAACUGUAAUCUCACAGGGAAAAAGUCACUGUAAAGUGUCGAGUUAACAUGAGUAAAUGAAAAGUAGAUGAUGUUUCGUGUUAGCAUCCCCCUCCAAAAAUAUUCCCUAAGAUUGUAAUGUGUGGAGUAUUAGUUUAGUCUUUAUUAUUACUCUUUUAAAAUCAAAGAUGAUCUCUAUCACUUUACUGCCUGUUUGAUGUGCAGUGGAAACUGGAUAAACCAGUGUAUACUUUGUUUACAAUUAUAAAGAUUGCUGUUUAGGAGAAUAUUUUGUCAAAUUUUUGUAAAUUUUUGAAUUAUUAGUAGUGUGUUUUCACCAGCAGUUAUUUGCAAACUUAGUAUUGUCUUCUUUAAGGAGGUUACAGCUAGGUAACCUCUAUUAGUGACAGAUUUACUAAACAAACAAAAUAAAGCAAAACUUGAGUUCUGUUUAUAUUGCACAUUUUUUGUUGUUAUAAUGGAAAAAAAAGGUGUCCAAGAUAAUAUUUCCCAUAUUUUUUCAUUGUUAAUUUUUAACUGAAACAUCUAAAAAGAAGGAAAUGAAUGUGCAUUUUAUUAAUUCCUUAGGACACAAAGAAGUCAAUAAUGGCUGAUCUCUUGGAAAUCUGAAAAGCACCUUUAGAUGACUGAGCAAAAAAAGACUUUUAAAAAUAGCAAUGAAAAUGGGAGUGAUCACCAGCUUGUGCAGGUCAUAAAAAUUUUAGGUAGCAAGUAUUACAAGCAUAUGCUUUUAUAGACAGAUAUUAGAAUUAAGACAGCAUGAGUUUUUGUAUUCUGUUAUUUUCUUCCCUUUAUUUCCCAUGUAUUAGAAAUAGAUCAUAGAAAAUGUUUGCCAACCUGCAGCCUUCAUCUCGAGCACCGUGAUCUCACCAUGAUUACAUAGACAUGGUCUAGAGUUUGUAUGCUUACCCAAAUAUGAAGAAUAAAAUGUAUCCAAGGUG